GCCGUUGUAAUGAUCUCGGUUUCCUUCAAAACAUGGAGAGUCGGUUAAUACAUAUAGACUCCGUGUCAAAAAGCUUACGAGACCUUUUUGCCUCAGGCUACUUUCUCGACAUAUCCUUGACAGUUGCAACACACUCAAUUAGAUGCAAUCGUCUUUUGCUAGCCGCAUCUAGCGAUUACUUCCAAGCACUUCUUAAAUUCGAUGAAAGUGCCGUCUUCCGUGACAAGUUUUUUCUUGAAGCUGAGUACCUGACCGCACGCGGCGUGCAACACGUAGUAAACUACAUCCACUCUCUGGGUCUGGAUUAUACCAGCAUACCAGUGGAGGAGUAUGCGGAUGUGUAUGCUGCGUCGAGUUUUUUGCAAAUCGAGUUUAUCUUUUUGGGGGAUGAAAUUAACGUUUCACAAGAGGCCUUUAUGGUGAAAGCUCUGCUCUGUUGGGUCGCCCACGAUCAAGAGAGGAGAAUGGACUUCUUCGAAAAAAACUUUUCUGCCUUACUAAGGCUGUCUAUGGUCAGUGCUGACGACCUACGACAGAUAGUAAAGGACCCUGCAUUCUCAAAGACGGAUGCUGCUCUGCGUUUGCUAAUGCGUUGGUUCUUCUCCACGUAUGGGUCACCACUUUUCUCUGAGGAGCAGCUGAAGGACCUCCCACCGCAUACUUUAGCUCUGAUUUCCAAAAGCACCCUUAAUACCAGCGUAGAAGGCGACACUCCCCAUAUUUCCCAGGCAGGUCAGUUGUUUUUACUCCUGAACCCUGGCAGCGAGUCGGCUCGUGUUGGGACUGACUUUCGUAUCUACUCUGUUGGUGGUCUUGAAGACGAAUCUCUUCUAAGAGAUUAUACACCCGAUCAUUCCUUCCGCUGUAAUACUGACUUCUAUGCUUACUCUUCGGACCUGAAAAAAAUUGUACACUGCCCACCUCUGCCUGGGACGCCCAGAAUAUACCACGGCAUCGCUGCAUCCCACACGUGGAUCUAUCUGACCGGUGGACAGCUUGAAGAUGGUACGAUUCUUGACAGGUGA